AUUGACUGUAAAUAUUGACUGAAGCUAUAGGUACCACAGAUUUAUGUUGCAGUCACCUCGCAAAUCAUUAAACUAUCGUCGUACAUCAAAGCCUCUUUACGAUGACAUUUGUACAAGAUGCCGUUUUUAGAGACUACAUUAUUAAACAUUCACUUCCUCAGAUUUACAAGGCUUUACUUGCUGGUUUAUGUGUCUCAUGUCCUGAAGAUCCUUUGCACUUUAUAGAAGAGAAAAUUCUGGCAAUUCUGAAGAAUCAAGAUUUUGAGAUAUACUGGGAUGAAUUUAUUGACAAAGACAAACAAAUCUCCUCAUUGGCAGGAGGUCUUGUAUAUGAUCUUUUUGGAAAUCCAGAAGACAGUCUGUGUAUAUCGCAUUUGUUGGAGAAAGCUUACUCCUGUUACCAAAAAAAUCUGACUAAAAUGUGUUUCAUGGGAUGGAAGAGGUAUAUUUUGAAGAGGAAGGCAGAGGCUGUCAGGAUCCAGGAGAGGAUGGAGGAGGCUGAGAGAUAUCACAUACAGAGAGGGAUAAGAGUGGCUUUCAUCAAGUGGACUGUGUGGGUUCGAUUUCACAAACAGAAUCAGAAUGAUGCCGUGCAGAAACUACAGAAAGUCCAGAAGUUUGUUUACUGCAGAAACAUCAUCAUGGCUUGGCGUCACACCGUUCAAGAUGCAACAAAAUUAAGGGAGUAUUUUAAGAAACUAGAGAGAGAUAUUCAAGAAAGUCAGAGCUCAGAGAUACCACAAGGUGAUGGACAGGACAGACUAUCACUGCUGCCUAGCAAGCUCUCUCUUAAGAUCUUUCAAAGUUUAGGUGUGGGUGACCUCCUUAAAUGUGCUCAAGUGUGUCGUUCUUGGAAAGCGAUCACUCAGAUCAGUUCACUGUGGACUGAGAUAAACUUCUCACCUGAGAGCUGCUGGAUCACAGAUAAGACUGUGCUGAAAUUACUGCAUGCACAUCGUUUCUACGUGACCUCAUUGAACUUGUGUGGAUGCACAUUGUUGCAGGGGUCAAGUCUGAGUUGCAUCUGCCAAUGCAAAAAUCUGCAAGAUCUUAAUCUCAGCGAAUGUCCAAAUGUUAAUGAUGAAAUUAUGAAGAAGAUAUUAGAGGGAUGUCCUUCUCUUCUCCAUGUUAAUUUGGCUUGUACAUCUAUUACCAAUGCUACUAUGAAAGUCCUUUCGAGGUGCUGUUUGACUCUACGCUCUCUGAAUCUUUCAUACUGCACAAACUUCUCAGAUGAAGGUCUACAGUAUCUGAUCACAGCGAAAGGCUGCCAUAGACUCACUCAACUAGAUCUCUCCGGCUGUUCUCAGAUAACAGUGGAUGGAUUUAGACACGUUGCGGAUGCUUGUGGCUCACUUCAGCAGAUUGGGCUAAAUGACCUUCCCAACCUGACUGAUGUCUGUGUGCAGGCAUUGGUGUCUAAAUGUCAUAUGCUGACUGUGAUUUCCGUAUUGGACUCGCCGUAUCUCUCUGAUGUGGCAUUCAAAGCGAUUGCAGAGGUGAUCAGUCUCACUAAGUUCCAUAUAGAAGGUAAUAACCGAAUAGCGGACAGCAGCUGGAAGGCCCUGUGUCGCAGUUCUCCAAAACUCAGCGAGGUUCACGUGUCCGACUGCCCUCGAGUGUCUGAUGUCAGCCUGAAGUAUUUAGGAAGUCUGACAAAGCUACGCAUCUUAAACAUCUCAGGCUGUAUCAAGGUGACAGAUGCAGGAAUCCGUUACAUUACGGAUGGACCAUGUGCCAUUGAACUGCAAGAGCUUGAUCUUUCCAAUUGUCCAAAAGUUACCGACUUGUCCCUCAGGAGAAUAUCUCAGAGAUGUACGAGUCUGACUCAUCUAAGCGUAUGUUUCUGUGAGAACUUGACCGAUAACGGGUUUGAGUUCUUGGGCAAAUGUGCUUCUCUUAUUGCUCUGGAUAUCACAGGCUGCAAAAUCCAUGACCAGGGACUAGAAGCCUUGGGAUCUAACCGCAGUCUGAGAAAACUAACUGCAGCCGAGUGCGUUUUCAUAACAGAUAAUGGAAUAAAGAUGUUUUGCAGACAAUGCCGACAUCUGCAGUCGUUGGAUGCGAGUCACUGCGUGUCUCUGUCCGAUCGUGCAAUGAAAGCUCUUUCCUUUUUCUGCAAAACUAUUUCCACUGUCAAAAUAGCUGGAUGCCCUAAAAUGACGGAUACAGCAGUGAAGUAUCUUACAAGGGCGGGUCACUUCCUCAGAGAACUGGACGUGAGUGGCUGUUGUCUCCUGACUGACCACACCCCUUCCUUUCUACUGUGCAGCUGUCCACACCUGCAGUCAGUCAGCAUGCUCUACUGCAAGAACAUCUCAAAGCAGGCCGCUUUAAAGUUACAGCGCCGUGUCCAACAGUGGAAAUACAGUGAUUAUGGCGCCCCCUAUUGUCUGGAAUAAUAACUACACCUCAGUGUUUCACUAAAAAUGACAUUACCAAAACUAUUAUAUAUGUAAUUUGAUUUUUUGGAGGUAUUUUAUCACUUUUAAACUUGAAUCUUCAGGUUACAAAAUACUGAAUGUAAGCAGUGUGCAAACGUGUUAUAGUUUCUCAUUCCUUAAAUUUGUAAAACAUUUAGGGGUGGUUUCCCGGACAGGAAUUAGGUUAAACCAGGACUAGGCCUUAGUUUAAUUAGGAAAUAUAACUAGUUUGAACAAACAUACCUUACUAAAAACAUUACUUGUGUGCAUAUUGAAGUAAAACAAAGGGCACUGAUGUAUUUUAAGAUAUGUCAGUGCAAGUGGUUUUCAGUUUGGACAGCUCUUACAUUUAUUUUAUUUAGGACUAGUCUAAUCUCUGUCCGGGAAAACGCACCAUGGGGGCAGUUUCCCAGACCAGAUUUAGAUUAAUCCAGGACUAGGCCUUAGUUAUAUAAGGACAUUUAAGUCAUUUUUACAAAAAAUAUUACUGGUGUGCAUCUUUUUAAUCACAAACCAAUGGCACUUAUGUGUGUUAUAUCAGUGCUUUUUCAGUUAAGACAACUCAAACAUUCAUUUUAAUCUUGGACUAGACUUAAACUCUGUCUGAGAAACCACCCCUUUAGUGUGUUUAUUAUACCAGGGGUUCCAAAACUUUAAUUUCGUAACCUACUUAAAAAGGUAUAAUCUAUCCCAGGACACACAACAUAUUUUUAAACAGAAUUUUGAUGAAACACACAUUUUAUUCUCUUUUAUUUAUUUUAAUAUAAUUUUCCUUGUCAUUUUAUUGAUUAAAUGUAAGUUUAUAAUA